CCUGUAACAUUGGGUCUCUAUUUUUACACCGGUAUCCUGGUCUUGUCGAAGAUAUGCUACAGUCGAUUGAUACUGAUUCCUUUGGCGGGCAGCUCCCCUCACACCCCUUCCUACUAGUUGAAAAUGCUAUAUCCCCGCCCGUUCCAGUGCCUCCAUUUGUUGCUGAAAAAAGGUCCGUUGCAUCUUGCCAAUUGCUGGCCACACAAAGCGACCUGUAAGGGUAGAGGAUGGUUUGGACACGGACAAGAUUUCAACUUGUACGACGCCGUCAUCUCGAUGCAAAACUGUCACGCGUUCUUCUCCCCUCAACCAGUGUCCAGUAGCGGUGGCAUAGGCCGUCGCUGAGUAGGUAGUGCCCGGUCCACGUUGAUCAAUAAGAUCGUACACAACCGAAACGGGGUUGAUCACGUAUAACUUGGGCAAAAAGGGGAGCCGCCGGAGACCGGCUGUUGUGAAACUAACGAGUCCCUUUCCCGGCUCUUCGCUAAUUUGUACAACGCGGUUAGAGUGUAGUGGGGCAUAAGCAUCUUCGUACGCCAUGGCUGCAUACCCACGUCCUUCGAAUUUUGGAUGGCUUUUUUGCAAGGCUCGAGGUUCUAUAACCCGCAUCCCUUUGUCACCUUGCGAAGAAGUAAAUUCCCAAUUUAGUGCAGCAUCUCUCACGCGCUGAUAACAAGCAAAACCUCUUCCGACGUCUCGGCGAAAGCGAAGUACUCUCCAAGUCGAUUCUGCCAAAUCUUGUUCGGGGCAGGCGGUAGGCGGCCACCAUUCUUUCUGUGUUGGAGAUAUUGUGGUAGAUAUGGAAGAGGGAUCUUCUGAGAUGCACCUUGGAGGGUACGAAAUCGAAACAGGCAAAGUCGAUGUCGAUUCUCCGGAAGGGUUUGUCAUUCCCACCGAAUCAUGGUUGAAAUAUGCCGUACCCUUUCUUGCCCAGAACCAGUUGCUUAUGCGUUCCGACGUCGGCUCUUUUGUGGUUAUCACGCUCCCGGAUGCGGUAGCUGUUCUAGAGCGGGCUCGUUCGAGUCGUCGAUGGACUUUUCGACGGGCGCAUCUCUGCCGAAAUCGUGCAAUUUUACCACGAGACAAUCUGACGGCAUCCUUUGGUAGCGCCAUGGUCGGUGUGGAAGGCUACAGAGGACGAUGGACUCCCUUUUCAAAAGAAGUGACGAGAAUCCACCUGUCAAAAUCUCUGAUAGGUCGUGAUUUGUCGGAUGUCGUGAAUUUUCAUUUGACGUGUGGUGUACCGGUACUCGGAAAUAGUUUGGAUUGGAAGAAAAAGACUCCUACGACAGCUGCCAUGGAACCAUCGUGUCAAAUCGAAGACAAACGUCGCUCACGGGUCCUAGUAGCCAUAUGGGAUUCGAUGUCUAAGAUUCCAAAAGCGGCUUUGCGUCAUGUACAAGACUGCAAAUCAAUUCGGGUUUCGUUUCAGCCAAAAACUGGAAAUCCAUCAGAAUUGACCAUGGAGAUGAGGAACGAGAUUCCGCAAGUACAAGAGGCUCAUAACGACGUCAGAGCUGGAGGGGCAUGGGUACCAGUGCGAGACUCCUCGGAAAAUGUCGUGCAGGGUUUUGAUCCCAAGCAACAGCAGCAAUCACCCCACUCAAUACCAGACACCGUAAAAGAUAUGGAAGAUGCCAACUUAGAACGAUGCUUACUUCAAAGUAUUAAAUCGGAUACGGACGGAACGGUCUCGAAAGAGCGGCUUAUAGUCGAGGCACCGAACCGAGUGCUCGUAGCCGUAACGGAAAAGGAAACAUCGGAUUGGAUAUUGCUACAACACGCAGGGAUCUUGAUUCCUCCCAGGACCAAGCAACCAUCACUAACACCUGUUGAAGGACAAAUCCUGCACUCGUCCAGACAUCCAUUUGACUUGGCGAAGAAGAUGAGCCGCGAACAGCUCGGGCUCGUCUCGCCACAUACAUCGCAACUUUAUGCCUCUCGAGAGCAAAUACAAUUCGAUGUGGAAGGAAUCUUAGACGGUACUCUACCUUCCAAGUUACAAGACGAUACGCAUUGGAAAUAUCUGGGUCGGUAUCGGAACGAUGCAGAUUACGGUGGCGGCUUUACCUUUGUCUAUUUCUUGAAAAAUGCUGUCACAGUCAAGAGUAAUUCCGUAAAUACUAGCCGGCUACUCCCGGAUCCUUGGAGCCGAAUCCCAAAUCAGAUCUCCCUGUCGACAGCACAAGUCCGUAACGCGCUCACAGCGGGAGAGUUUGGGACGCUAGCAAGUGCGCUUGCGAUCAGUCUCGCCUUGCAGCACGUCUAG